UGCUGCGGGUCCGGGAUUCACACAUUUCGGCUCCGUGCCUGGAGAGAGCACAGACGGCUAUAGGGAAGUAAUGGAGGCGGCGGAGUGGGUGGGGAGGUUUUACGAACGCGCAGUGGAGGCCUCAAACACAGAAUAAGCCGCUUCCGGUCCCGUUCUAGCGGCAGAGCGAGCAGCAGCCGCGUGUCCCGCUGCAGCGCCCCCCCACCUCCCCCCGUCCCCCUCGUGGGAGCGAGGCUCCGUGGUCGCCAUCUUUGUAGGGGGCAAUGGGUGGCAGGGCGCAUGCCUGGUUCCACCUGGGCUCCUGGACUGAGAAACGUUGGUUGAAUUGGAAAGUUGGAAAAUCCCCUCUCCCACCUUUCUCUCUGCUGCUCACCCAGGAUGCCCAAUUGGACCCAGAACUGGGUCCCUGAAAGGGAAUUAGUGAAGCUGUUGGGAUUUUUUUCACGAAAAAGAUAAAAGAACUGCAGAUGCUGUAAAUCUGAAACAGAAAUUGCUGGAUAAGGUCUGCAGAUCUAACAGCGCCCGUGAAGAGAAGGCAGGGUUAAUGUUUCGGGUCCAGAAACGUUUUUAUGACACUCUGGCAGCUUUCACGUGAACCUUUUUCCUUUGCUGGUUUCGGCAAAUUGGGCUUGGAAAGAGUGGGGAUCUCAAACUGUCACUUUAAGAUCUGACUGGGUCGCUGAAUUUUAUCACGACCUGCACAUCUUGGGACUUUGAACAUGGAAGGGAGAAGUGCCAGCCAUGGCGGAGGGAAACCACACGCGUGUCCUGUGUGCGGCCGAGCCUUCAGGUGGUUGUCCAGCCUCUUGAAACACAAGCACAGCCACGCAGGGGAGAAACUGUGGAAGUGUGGGGACGGCCAGGAGGUAUUUAGCUACCUGUCCGAGCUGGAAAAACACCAACGAGGUCACAGCAAGGAAAGGCCUUUUGUCUGCUCCACGUGUGGGAAGGGAUUCUCUCAGUCGUCCACGCUGCUGACGCACCAGAGGGUACACACCGACGAGAGACCUUUUAAGUGCCCGGACUGUGGGAUGUGCUUCAAAAUUUCUUGGGAACUGAUGCGCCAUCAAGGGGUUCACACCAACCAGAAGCCAUUCAAGUGCUCUCACUGCGGGGCUGGUUUCAGGCGAUCGUCUGACCUCAGGAUCCACCAGCGGGUUCACACUGGGGAGAGGCCGUUCCCCUGCUCGGUGUGCGGGAAGGGAUUCACUCGCUCGUCCACCCUGCUGACCCACCAGCGGGUCCACACCAAGGAGAGACCUUUCAAAUGCCCGGACUGCGGGAAGGGCCACAUAACGUCCACCGAGCUGAUGUCUCACCAGCGGGUUCACUCCGAGGAGAGGCCGUUCCGGUGCUCUCACUGCGGGAAGGGAUUCAGGUGGUCGUCUGAGCUCACUGUCCACCUCCGGGUUCACACCGGGGAGAGGCCGUUCACCUGCUCCGUGUGCGGGAAGAGAUUCACUCAGUCGUGCCACCUCGUGACGCACCAGCGGGUCCACACCAACCGGAGACCUUUCGAGUGCCCGCAAUGUGGGCAGCGCUUCAAAAGUUCUGGGGAUCUGAUGUCCCAUCGGCACGUCCACACCGACGCGAGGCCUUUCGAGUGCCCAGCCUGCGGGAAGCGCUUCAAAAGUUCCCGGGAUCUGAUGCGCCACCAGCGCAUUCACACCGAGGAGAGACCUUUCAAGUGCUCUCUCUGUGGGCUCGGCUUCAAGUGGUCGUCCGAUCUCACGGUCCACCGGCGGGUCCACACCGGGGAGAGGCCGUUCCCCUGCUCCCAGUGCGGGAAGGGGUUCGCCACCAACUCCAACCUGCUGAAACACCGACGGGUCCACACCGGGGAGAGGCCGUUCCUUUGCUCCGUGUGCGGGAAAAGGUUCGCCACCAAAUCCAACCUGCUGGCCCACCGGCGGGUCCACACCGGGGAGAGGCUGUUCGCCUGCUCCGAGUGCGGGAAGGAAUUCACGACCUUAUCCACCCUGCUGACCCACCGGCGGGUUCACACCGGGGAGAGGCCGUUUAGCUGCUCCGUGUGCGGGAGGAGAUUCACACAGUCAGGUCAUCUGUUCCGACACCAGCAGGUUCACAAGUGACUGCAUUGGGGGCUGAAUUGUGGCCGUUAAUGCCACCGGAAUGCAAAGGUCUUCAUCGGAGUCUAUUUCUGCUAAUAACCCCCAGCCCAGAUCGAGGCGUUAAUACUUGGGAUAAAAGUCAAAUUGAUCAGCCACGUGUUCAGUACACAGAUCUUUUUUACCAUUUCGUACGCUUGCCUUUAUUGGUCAGUGCAUCGAGUAGUUGGGAGGGUCAUGUUGCGGCUGUAGGUUAGGCCACUAUUGGAAUACUGUGUUCCCUUCUGGUCUCCCUGCUAUAGGAAAGAUGUUGUUAAACUUGAAGGGAUGCAGAAAAGAUGUUGUCGGAGUUGUAGGGUUUGAGCUGUACUGCACGGAAACAGACCCUUCGGUCCAACUUGUCCGUGCCGACCACAUAUCCUGAAUUAAUCUAGCCCCGUUUGCCUGCAUUUGGCCCAUAUCGCUCUAAACCCUUCCUAUUCAUGUACGCGUCCAGGGGAGAGGCUGGAGCUACUUUCUCUGGAGCAUUGGAGGCUGAGGGGUGAUCUUGUAGAGGUUUAUAAAAUCAUGAGGGGCAUGGGUAGGUGAACUCCUGUACUCAAUGCUCUGACCAAUGCUGUCUCCAACCAAAGUUGUUACCAUUUGCCAUGCGGCUCACUGUCAAAGGAUUUGCCAAUUGAAACUCCCCUUGGGGUAUUUUUACGACUCUACCACGUAAACAACUUGUAUUUCAACAAUGGGUUGACUGUUUCACAGCAGCCAGUUUGAGUCUGAUUCCACAAAUAGCAAUGAGAUGGGUGGCUGAUAAAUCCAGCUUUUGUUUUGUUGUUAUUGUUGGUCUUAGUUGAAAUACCAUUGCUGGUUCCAAUGUACCAGAGGACAGUGUGAGGUCUCGAGAUGGGAGUGGAGCUGAUUUAGAUGGUGGCUUUGAGGGGAAAAUUCAAUCACUCUCGGAAUAAAACUUCCUGAGUGAGCGAAAAGGACCACAGGAAGCCACCUUAGAAGUAGCUAUUUCUUGAGAGUAACCACUUAAUUAAUAUUGUUGCAGUGACAGUAAACUAGCAACAGAGGAUUUUUUAGUGGACAUCAUGUUGUGGCUGUACAGCACAUUGGUGAGGCCACUGUUGGAAUAUUGCAUUCAAUUCUGGUCUCCCUGGUAUAGGAAUGAUGUUGUGAAACUUGAAUGGGUGCAGAAAACAGGUUGCCGGGGUUGGAGUGUUUGAGCUAUAGAGUUGUCCUGCACAGAAACAGACCCUUCAGUCCGAUGCAUCCACGCCGACCAGAUAUCCUAAAUUAAUCUAGUCCCAUUUGCCAGCAUUUAGCCCACAUCCCUCUAAACCUUUCCUAUUCAUGUACCCAUCUAGAUGCCAUUUAAAUGUUGCAAUUGUACCAGCCUCCACCACUUCCUCUGGCAGCUUAAUCCACACACACACCUUCUGCGGGAAAAAGUUGCCCCUUAGGUACCUUUUACAAUUUCCCCUGUCACCUUAAACCUAUGCCCUCUAGUUUUGGUGGACUCUCCUACCCUGAGAAAAAGACCUCAGCUAUUAAUCUUAUCCAUACCUUUCAUAAUUGGUCCAAAGGGUCUGUUUCCAUACUGUACAACUCUAUGACUCUAUAACUGAAAUUUAUUGUAAUUGAAGUCAUUAGGUGAAUCAACGGUUAAUUAAAAAAAAAGCUUGGUUAAGCUUGUCUAAAAAAAGUCCUUUUAAAAAUGUCUGUGACACUACAACUUUGCAAAAUGAUAAAUGUCUGUUAAGUUCAUCAAUCUCUAACUCCAACAGAGUUGCAAUGUAUUUGGAAUAAAGAAUGUGUAGGUUAGUUUUGAUAAAAGGCAAGUGGUUUCUGUAUUGUGUUUGGAUUUCAGACUGGUUGUUCAUUGUUUUUGUGAGGGAUUUAGAGAAAAACGAGAUCAGGGAGAGUCCUUUCAGGGCAGUCACUUAAUUCAGAAAGUGGUCACAAAGCAAACCCCCUGGAGUGUUAAUGGAAAAUUGUUGAGACUGUAGGGUUUAAGACUGGGGGAGUUAAAAAUUGAAAGGCAUAGGUUUGCUUCAAACUUGAAAUAAAUCAGAUUUGAUUUUAAAUUUGGAAAUAUCCAGAGAAGGAAAAAGAAAAUUGGGUCAGUUUUGAAGGAGACCUGACAGGGGUCAGAAGCAAAUAUAAUUCCUUUCAAAUACAGAAGCACAGGACGGUUUGCAGACAGCACAGUUAAGCUGGUGUGAAGGUUUGCUUGUAAAACUUACUCCAGACCUGGAGUGUUUGAUGAGAAAUUGCCAUGUUAUUUAGAGUCUGACAAAAUCUAAGCUUUCAGUUUUGUGAAUAUUUGUGAUUCAGUGGACAGAAACAGAUAAGUUGAUCUUGAAGAUUUGAUACAGAACAGAUAUUUCUAUGAAUCUGAAGCACUGGGAGGUGGUGGUUUUGGGGAAUAGAUUAGACUUUGUUUCACUGUAUGUUUUUAAGAUUUUUUGAACUGUGAUCCAUAUUUAGAUAAUCUGAUUUGUUUCAUUGUAUUCCUUUUUAUACAAUAAACUUCUGUUUUAUUGUUUAAGAAAACCUACAGCCUUGUGCGGUUAUGUUUCAGUGAAUGACCACUGAGUUAAAU